AUGGAGUUAAAGGAGCCUCAGAAAGAACCAAACCAACUAAGUGGCAAAGGAGUCAAUGAUUCAAUCACUCUGUGCAUUGUGAGGCACGGCGAGAGCAUCCACAACGUGGCCGAGCGAUAUGGUGUGGAUACGCGUUCUGAUUUGAAGUAUUACGACCCCCCUUUAACUGAGAAGGGUUGUCUGGACGUGUCGGAAGAGUUGCGUCCGACUUGCAACUUGACAGGUGUUUUUUCUGUAUGGGUUUCACCAUUGCGACGGACAUUGGAAACGGCGGUGAUAGCGUUGCCGGAAUUGUCGGAGUUCGUUGUGGUGGAGACUUUGAGGGAGAUUGCGGGAUUGAAAACUGCGGAUGCACGUCGCAGGAAGUCGGAGAUAGAAGCCUGGUUGAAGACGAGGUUCCCAGACAAAAGGUUUGAUUUGACUCUGGUAUCAGGUGAGACGGAUCCUUAUGAGGGUGGGACGGUACGUGAGACGGCUGCUGACAUUAUUGAGCGAAUUAUUGCGUCAUUACAAUUACUCUUGGAAUCCGGACAGAAGAAUGUAAUCUGGGUUAGUCAUUCUGCUUUCCUUUCUUGUCUAAUGUCUUAUUUGUUUUUGCCUUCCGGUAAUCCCGAGGCUCGUUGGCUGCGCAAUGGAGAGUGGAGAAUAAUCGACCUGCCGGUUAAAGCACUCAAACGUCACCUUGAACGCUGGCCUUCGACCAUCACUCAGGGAAACAGGACUUGGCAAUUCGUUCCUGGCUCACACUGGGGUACUAGAGCACUCUUGGUCGAACCGUUGCCGGCGCCUUUGCUGACCACCGACCUACUAAAUUCUCUGAGCGAAUUGGUCAACAUAGCCACGUUCCCCCCGAAGACCCAGAUCUACGCGGUAGAGUCCAUUGCGGCCCUCGUCUUCGGCGCACGACUCAGGGAACGGUCCCCUCACAAGCACGUCGUCGUUCUCGGACAUCCCUUUCGACCGAAGAACGAACCAGACACCGCAACGACCAUCGCCGCAACGACCAUCCCCGCAACGACCGUCGCCGCAACGACCAUCGCCGUAGUCCCUCAGAAUGACUUGCUUGUGCAGUCGUCUCCUGUGCAGUCGUCUCCUGUGCAGUCGUCUCCUGUGCAGUCGUCUCCCUCUCUGGCCCGCACCAGCUCCGGUGCUCUCAUCAACGGCGACCCCGUCUUGUUGUCCGCCUGUAAUCAAGUUGUAGCGCAUUUAAGAACGGACUGCGAUAUAUCCUUGCAAGUGGAGGACCCGCCGGAUAAGAUCCACGGCGAAGGCCUCCUGGUCCAUCACGAGCACAGCCCUCUGGCCAACCGAGUGCCCGAACAUGUACUUGGGGAGAAGGCCAAGCCUUGGAUAUAUAAAACUGAAGGAUACAGCCGCAUUAGUCUCACCUCCGCCAACACAAUACACUCUACGAAACUUGGAGUGCAAACGAGGGCCCAUCUGCUGGUCAUAUGUCACCCUUCCAGCCAGCAGGAAACUGGCAAACCAGAAAACGGCGUGCCUUGUCACCAAAGCACACGCGUGUGCGAGCGUGCCCCGUUCUGGUGCACAGCCGGUUAUCUCAGAUGUCUAGCCCAAGAUAUAUCCCUCUUGCCUGAUUCUCUGUGCCCGCUUUCAAUAACCAUUAUCAUGCCGUUCUCUUUGUGA